AUGUCUGAAAAGGAGAAUACUUCAGAAGAGCUGGAAGAUACCACUGGUCUAUUUAGCACAGAAUCUAGAUCAUGGUCAGUGGAGCCUGAAUUUAUUAAAGAAACAUCAAAUUUGUUAGAGGAAGCUUGUGUUGGGAAAUCUUCCAACCAAAUUUGUGAAACAUAUCCUAGAAAUGAUAAAUUCGGUAUGUAUGAUGAUACAUCAAUACUGUCCCAUGGAAAUAAGUCUAAGAAAGAUGAAGAGCAAAGGUCUAAGAAACAUAAUGAACAAACUCUUCAAUUUUUUGAAACAAUCACUAUAUAUGACAGCUUGCAGUCAAAGAGUGAUAUUUCACAAAGUCCACCAUUAUCAAUAACUGAGAUGGCUGCUGAAUACCAGCCUUUCAUUGGCUUCUUAUCUCAUGAAACAGUAGAAACAACUAGUUCACAACUCUCUGAAGAAAAUCAGAAAGGACUUGGCUUGGAAUCAGAUAACUUUACAGUUAACCUCAAGGCCAAGGGUUUACAAGAAUUCCCUAAGGACAUUUUAAAAAUCAAAUAUGUAAAAUAUCUAUAUUUGGAUGGGAAUCAAAUCAAAAAUUUUAAAGGGGCAGACUCAGGAGAUCUGCUGGGACUUGAAAUUCUAUCCUUGCAAGAAAAUGGGUUAUCAUCACUUCCACCUGAAAUUCAGUUAUUUCAUAAUUUAAGGGUAUUAAAUGUCAGUCACAAUCAAAUAUCACAUAUACCUAAAGAAAUAUCGCAGCUUGGGAAUAUCAGGCAACUCUUUUUAAAUAACAAUUGCAUUGAGAAUUUUCCUUCUGGCUUAAAAAGUCUUGGAAACUUGGAAAUUUUAAGUUUGGCUAAAAAUAAGUUAAGACAUAUACCAGAUACUUUGUCUGGUUUAAAAAACUUGAAGGUUCUCAAUCUGGAAUAUAAUCAAUUAACAAUAUUUCCUAAAGUUCUGUGCUUCCUUCCCAAGUUAAUUUCACUAAUCCUUACUGGAAACCUGAUAAGCAGUUUGCCAAAAGAAAUUAGGGAGCUUAAAAAUUUAGAAAAACUUCUGCUGGAUCAUAAUAAACUUACCUUUUUGGCGGUGGAAAUUUUUCAGUUGCUCAAAAUGAAAGAACUCCAACUAACUGGCAAUAAACUGGAAGUCAUUUCACACAAAAUUGAGAAUUUUAAGGAACUCAGAAUUUUAAUACUUGAUAAAAAUCUAUUGAAAGAAGUUCCAGAGAAAAUUUCCCACUGUGUAAUGUUGGAAUAUCUUAGUCUUAGUUGUAAUAAAUUAAUGGAACUUCCUAAGAACAUCUACAAGCUCAAAAAUUUAAGAAAACUCCAUGUAAACACAAAUAAUAUAGUGAGGAUACCUGAAGAUAUCUCACAUCUUAAUAAUAUAAUCAGCCUAGAAUUUUCAGGAAACAUAAUCACAGAUAUUCCCAUUGAAGUAAAAAAUUGUAAGAAAAUAACUAAAGUUGAACUCAGUUAUAAUAAAAUAAUGUAUUUUCCAGUAGGUUUGUGCGCUUUAGAUUCUCUUUAUUAUCUGAAUUUUAAUGGAAAUUAUAUUUCAGAAAUACCUGUGGAUAUAUCUUUCAAUAAACAACUGCUUAAUUUGGAGUUAAAUAAAAAUAAACUCCUCAUAUUUUCUGAACACUUAUGUUCUCUUACUAAUCUUGAGUACCUGGAUCUUGGUAAAAACCAAAUAAGGAAAAUCCCACCAUCUAUCUCCAAUAUGGUAUCACUCCAUGUUCUUAUUUUAUGCUGUAAUAAAUUUGAAGUUUUCCCUAUAGAAGUGUGUACUUUAGAAAAUUUGCAAGUACUUGAUCUUUCAAUAAACCAAAUACAGAAUAUCCCUUCAGAUAUCUGUAACCUAAAAAGAAUCCAGAAAUUAAACAUCUCAAGCAAUCAAUUUAUGUAUUUUCCUAUUGAACUGUGCCAACUUCAAUCAUUGGAAGAGCUGAAUAUAAGUCAGAUAAAUGGAAGAAAGUUAAGAAGACUUCCAGAAGAACUGUCUAAUUUGACUCAACUUAAAAGACUUGAUAUCUCAGAUAAUGCAAUCAGAGAGAUUCCAAGAAAUAUAGGAGAACUGAGAAGUUUGGUUAGUUUAAAUGCAUACAACAAUCAAAUAAGUUAUCUGCCACCAUCUUUUCUAUGUUUAAAUGAUCUCCAGCAACUAAACUUGAGUGGAAAUAAUCUAACAGCUCUGCCUAUUGGUAUCCAUAAUCUUUUUUCACUGAAGGAGAUAAAUUUUGAUGAUAACCCUUUGCUGAGACCUCCAAUGGAAAUCUGUAAAGGAAAACAACUGUAUACUAUUGUACACUAUCUACAGAGGGCAGAUCAAAGAGACGAGAAAAUCCUAGAGAAGAUCUUCAUCAUAGUUGCCAAUAAUAUCACUAUAACAAAUUUUAAAUAUUUGUGUCAAAAAUUAAACCUGGCAAUCUCAGAAACAGAUAUGUCUACAAAAAGCCCUGUUUCAUUAAGUGAUAGAGUCCUCCAAGCACUUCAUAAGUGGAAAACAGAAAGUAUCAACUUGUCACUAACUACUGCUGCUUUAAGAGACCAACUAACUCGGGCACUAACUAUGAUAGGAGCAUAUGAAAUUAUGGACAAAAUAACAGCUUUAAAACUUUUUACGUGUGCAAUUAAAUUCUGAACAGUGUACCCAUAAUAAAAGCUGAAAACUUAUGAUGUACUUAUAUAAUUGAAACUGGGUAUAAGAGAAUUGCAUGUUAUGUCUCUUUUCAUGCAUUCCUAAGAGAUAAUGACAAUUUAUGGCUACCACUUUAAUGUUAUCAUAAUAAAAUAUGAGAGACACUAUUUUGUGUACCUGUUCUGUUACCUUGGAAUUAUGAUUAAUAAUUUUUAAAAAGAAAUGAUUCCAUUAAAAAUUCUUUGUUAUACAAUGCUUUUAUACAACCCAAGAUUUAUAGGUAAUAAGGUCAUUAGUAACUUGCAUUGGAGUUACAAAGCAGAGAAAUUUCAUUUUAGACGCUGGCUUAAAAAAAAGAAAUGAAUGUCCUACCAUUUCUCCAUUAGGAAUGGGAUAGGUCUGUUAAACAUAAAUCAGAGCCAAGGUCAGUAAUCCUCUACAAAUCUCUCUCAACUUUUAAUAUGGUUACAUCCCAAUAAACCCACUGUAAGUUGAAAAUAAUACAAGUCAAAAAAUGUAGUUUAUACCAUAGCACCUUUACCCAUUCAUAUAUUGGUGAACACUUGGGCUGCGUCUAUAAUUUGGCUAUUGUAAAUAAUACUGCCAUAAAUAUAUGGGUGCAUGUAUCCCUCUGAAUUAAUGUUUUUGUAUUUUUGGGGUAAAUACUCAAGAGUGUGAUUACUGGAUCAUAGGGUAGUUCUAUUUUUAACUUGAGGAACAUCCAUACUGUUUUCCCCAGUGGCUACACCAAUUUACAUUCCUACUAACAGUGCAUGAGUAUUCCUAGAGACCAAGAAAAUACUGUUUCGUCAAAACUCUUUCCAUUGCAGUUAAGCUUAAAACAAACAAAAAUCAGCUUACACAACUGAAGCCAAAGAAGCUCCAGAUGAAACCAGCUUUAAGUUAACGGUGAGGAAGAAAACACUGCAUUGUGUUUGGAUUCUGAGGGCAAAAACUGUUUAUUAGCAUUGUACUGUAGUAGGAAGAGAAUAGUUAAAACUGUAGUUUCUAGAGUCUGUGAAUACAAUGCAUCUUUUGAAAGAGUUUAGGAGGCUUACUCUUGAAUAAUUUACAUAAACAAAUACAAUUCAAAACUAUAUAUAAUUUUCACAAUUAUUAUUUUGACUCUUCUGAUUUAGCUAAAUAAUUUUUCACAAACAUUUGAAGCAAUGAAAUCAAUUAAAGGUUUCAUUUGUGUAACAGAAAAGUAAACUAGCAACUUAUCUGCACUAAGAAAAUUUUUAUCUUGUGAAAAGUAUGUGGUCAAAACAAAAAUGCAGGGCAGCCCGGGUGGCGCAGCGGUUUGGCACCGCCUGCAGCCCAGGGUGUGAUCCUGGAGACCCGGGAUCGAGUCCCUCAUCGGGCUUCCUGCGUGGAGCCUGCUUCUCCCUCUGCCUGUGUCUCUG